ACCCUAAUCCACUGCCCCUCCUUCUCAGCCAGCAGCCCCUCUCUCUCAGCCAGCAGCAGCAGCCGUCACCGCUUCCACCGUCGCCGAACUCUUCUCGUCAGCCAGAGGGUGCCUUGCCGCCGGCAGUGACAGAGAGAGGGUCAGCUCGAAGCUUUUGGCCGUCGAUCCUCUUCUCCUCCACGUCGUCGCCUCUGGACUUGCAGAUCGAAGCUUGUGGUCGUCUUCUCUACAUCGUCGUCGUAUUCAUCGUCGUGUACUUGCAGAUCGAAGCGCGGUCGGUUGGAUUCCUCCAUCGCUGGUCAGUUUGCUCGAUCCUCGUCUCUGUCUCGUCGUUCCUCCCUUGCCGGUAGUCGAGUUUCGUUCCUUCCUCGCCGCCCGUUCCAUUCCUCCAUCGACGUCAGUUUGGUUCCUCCUUCGUCGCUGCCAUCCACCACCACUCCCACCGCUCCCCUCCACUCCCACUCUUCCCUCUUUCUUGUUAUGCCUCGCCUCCCUUCUCCUUUUGCCAAUAACCCAUCCCCUCCCCUUUUGCGGCCACCCUUUCCCUCUUUGUCGUUUCUUCCCUCUUCGCUCCACCAGCAACCCUCUGUCCACCAUAUUGUCAAGGUAUUAAAUUACUUCGAUUAAGUUGUGCAGUUUUGACACACGGUUGAAGUUAUUUCAAAGGAUGUUGGUGAUUUUUGUUUGUUCUAUUGGAUUUCGGUUCGUGAAGGACUUGAAGUGUUUAGCUUUGUUGUUGCUUGGAGUUGAGGUUAGUUUUCUAUCACUUAAUUGUUUAAGUUUAAGAAACAUUAGCUUUAUGUUGGACUUAUUUUCAUUAAGAUAUAUUUGUAUGACAGAAGCUGGAGAAGGAUGUCUAAUGGCACCUUCUCGAUCCUUUGUUUGUUGGAAAUUGAUUAUUAGCUCAUGCUUUCGAAAUUGUUUAUUCUGUGAAAAAUGAUUAUAUUAUUUGGUGGGAUGCCUUUACUUUAUGGGGAUAUUUUGUAGAAUUUUUUUAAAGUUAUGAUGUCAUUAAUGUCUUGAUUGCUUUACUUCAAUUGGAUGUUUUGUUGAAAUGUUGAAAAAAAAAUUGUCAUAUUAUUGAAGUUUAGAUUCUUAGCAUUUUGGGACAUUGUUUCCAAUUCAUCAUUCAUGCGGCUCCUUACUAUUGCUUCCGUUGCUCCUCUUCCCUUUUGAUGAUCUACCAGUUCUGGCUUGAUGCCUUUUCUUUUUUCCUGGCGUCGUUAUUGUUAGAAUCAUCCAGGUUUCUAGACGGUUUUGUAGUUCAUCGUCGGUUUACAGAUUGGAUGAUUUUUUAAAAUUUGCUUAACAGUGAUUUAAAAAUAAAUUUUGAUCACAAGAUUAUGUAGAUAUAAUAUAUUUAAAUAGAUAUCAAUUUUAUAAAAAUAAAAUUUCAAUUAUUUCUCAUCAUAUUUAGCAUGGGAUUAUUAGAUAGUAAGAAUUAUUUUCUAUUUAAAAAAUUUAAAUUCUGUUACACAUUACCGUCAAAUUCAGAGGAAAAAAAAUGACGGUAAUAUUUAGAUAAAUCAUCAAAUAAAUUAUUUUGUUUGCGUUGUAUCCAAAAAACUGAUGGUAAUAUUUUCCGUCGAGAUUUCUGUCAGUAGUUUGCGUUUUUUCUUUAGUAUCAACACUGCAAGUUGCUCACACACUACUCAAACACGAAGCCUCAAGCCCUCCUCCUGGCUGCUGGUGGUUCCUCUCUUUGCAUCUGACACUGCUUGUCUCUUGUUCGUCAUCGCUUUUCUUCCCCUCUUGUUUACCAUCUGCCUCUGCUUGUGUCUAGUUUGCCAUACCAUUUGCCUCCGCUUGCUUAUGUUCGCCUUUUUGUUUCGAUAAGGAUAACUACUUCCAUUCCUUUAGGAUCCCCUAUCAACAAGGGACUUUUUUUUAUGUUGUGAUUCCUUUCAUUCUCUUGAAAGAUAAGCUUCAAAGACUUCAUUUACAGCAAUAAGUCUUCGGUGGUCCUCCAUGUGGUUCUGUUUAUCUUCCAAGUCUGGAUCUUCGUCCAAAUCCUCAACCAACAUGAGUAUACAGUGUUUCAUCUUGUAAACAUGGUCCUUGAUCAAUAGUUGAAACCUCCCCACAUUUGAAGCAAAGCCGCCUUUCUACUUCGCUCUUGCAACUCUGUUUGGGAGAGAUGGCGCCCUUCACUUCUAUUCUCCAUUCUCCAUCAAUAGUUGUCUCUGUUGAGAGCCCAACCUACCUUGUUGGGCCAUGUUCUAGUAGCAUCAAGCUUGCUUCGAAAUAGGUUUGACACCCUUUGAGGCCUAAUCCCCUUCUCUGUACGAUUCACUCCUCUUCUCUAUUAUUUGUGUCUUCUUAUAAGAGAAUAACCCUAUCUUUGAUUUCAAAUAAUGAGCCAAGUAAGCUUUUAUCUCCACUUUUUGGCUUAUGUGCAUUAGUGAAUAUAGUUUUUAGUAUUUCUCUUUGCAUCGUUAAAUUUUUUCAAACUGGUCUAUGAAAUUCAUUAUCGACUCACCUUGUUGGAACUUCAAGAGUGAACCAAUUCAAGGCCUUCUCCAUUGCAAGCAGUACCAAGUGAUACGCUUGUCACCCUCAACUUUGUUCAACACAAAGUGACGCGUUCAAUAUUCACUAAUCGCACAAACACGUCUUCACCCAUGAAAAUGGCAAUUCAUCUUUCGAUCUUGGUCGUGUCGCCGACGGUGAGGGUUGUCCAGUGACGAGUGCGACAUUUGGCUUUCUCAAAAAUAACCUUCUGAAAUGCACCUCUGCGGGAAUGGGGGAUUAAUACUCCUCUCGGAGAUGGGACUGAGAGUCGUGGAGCUCUUUGUAGCAAACUAGCAAUGUGGGGAGUCACUCCCCUCCUUUGAACGCCUUGGACCCAAUUACAUUGGCCCCUUGAGUUUACCCUUUUGGUCGCCUUCUCACCCUUCAAGAGUUGCAUAAUCUCAACGAACUCCAUCUUUAACGUAUUUAUCAUUUCCUACAUGGCAGAAUUAGAAGGAAGGCUCACAAACCUUCACAAAGCUUCAAGAACAAGAACUCUGGUCCAAAUUGUAAGAAACCAAACAUAAAAAUUAGACGGAGUAGUAUAAUAGUAUUAUUCACCCUGAUGAGUCUUGAUCUCAACAAGAAGCCAAUGGAAAUAGGGACCUAUAGCAACCCUACUCUUUCUCGAAUUCAGCAUGCCUUUCCUUUCUUCCCCAUGUACCCGUCUUUCCAUGGUAGCAAUUACACGUGCUAGUAUGGUAGUCCCUUUCUCUCAAUUUAUCUCGAAUUCAGCAUGCCUUUCCUUUCUUCCCCAUGUACCCGUCUUUCCAUGGUAGCAAUUACACGUGCUAGUAUGGUAGUCCCUUUCUCUCAAUUUAUGCCUAAGGCAAAUACUUGGAAACCCACUCAAUUUUCCACUUUCUGAUUCAGCUUAAUUCCAAAACUGUCCAUGCACCUUUUGCGCAUAUACACCUGUCGUGCUUUGGAGUAUUUAUCCGUGUUAUAAAAUAGUGGCCUCGACAGUGCUAUGGUGAUAUGCCGUUGUGGAUUUUGAGCUCUCCGCCGUAGCAAAGUGUUUUGUCUCGGAAAUCACGGCAAUUUGCAACUGUCCACGGUGGAAAUGGCGGGUUCAGGUUGCAAUUUUUUUGAAUUUGAGAUAUAAUUUGGUAAUUUAGAAAAUCAUAAAACUGGAUCGAGAGUCUAUCUUAUUCUAAGGUUGGUGUUAUUAAAUUGAAAUAUUUUUUGUUAAGAAGGUUUUUAAUUAUGUUAACUAAUUAAAAAAAUAAACAAUAAAAAAUAUCUCGAAUAGAUUCUCAAUUGAUUCACACAUAAAUCUUUAACCUCCGUUAUGUAUAGAGUGCUUUCUUUAAAUGAUAAAUUUAAAACCUUACUAAUAAUAUUUAGUAAGGUGGUGACAUCAGACGAUAGCUGUUCUUUUUUAUUUUUUCUUGCUCUUUCAUGUCAGUUAUAAUCCCACGUCUCUGUCCAUUACAUAUUUGAACCUUGAUAUCAUUCUUCAAACUUAAAUUUCCGUGGUAUUCACCUUUUAAAUGUAACAUUUUUAGAUCUUCACAGAUAGGUCUAAAGAUUGAUAUAAAAUCUUCUCUUAUGUUUUUUCACCAAUCUCCAUCCGUCCAUUCAGUCUUCAAAUUUUUUUUGGUCUCUCGCCAAGAAUCCAAAUCCGAAUCAUAAUAUUCUGAAAUUAUCCUUUUUUUGUGAUAAAUGCAAAAAAUGCAUUCUCAAAUAAAUUUUCAUUGAAAAUACUCCACUCGACUUAUCUUGUGUAUCGACGAUGUAGUUCAUCAGCCUUAUGGUCUUCAGAGAACUGAUUAACCAUCACCCUAUAUGGAAAAGGGGAAGCCAAAUCUGAAAACCCACCAUUACCAGAUCUGUGCAUGUAAUUGUAACAAAACUGAUUUUUUUCAGAUAUUUCAGUCAUGACGUCUUUUUUCCUUAAGUUAAAAAACAUCGGAAGAAAAUUACAAACAUUAAAAUUCAAGCAAUUUUCUAAUUUGUAAUUUAAAUACUUAGUAAGCAAGCAAAAUCGAGUUUUGUUUGUAAUUAGAAAAUUAGAAAAUUAUAAAUUAGAAAAUUGCUUGAGUCUUAGAGUUUGUAAUUUUCUUUUGAUGAUGUUUUUUAACUUGGGAAAAAAAGGUGCCAUGUCUGAAAUAUCUGAAAAAAGGCCAGGUUUGUUACAAUUACAUGCACGGAUCGGUUAUAGUGGGUUUUCAGAUUUGCUUUUCCCUCUUCCUUACAGGGUGAUGGUUAAUCAGUUUUCUGAAGACCAUAAGACUGAUGAACUAGAGCGUCGAUAGACAAGAUAAGUCAAGUGGAGUAUUUUCGAUUGAAAUUUAUUCUUGAGAAUGCAUUUUUUGCAUUUAUCACGGAAAAGAAUAAUUUCAGAAUAUUAUUAUUCGAAUUUAAAUUCUUGGCCAGAGACCAAAAAAAGUUUGAAGGUGGAACGACGGACGGGUGGAGAUUGGUGGGAGAACAUAAGAAAAGAUUUUAUAUCAAUCUUUAGACUUGUCUGUGAAGGUUUAAAAAUGUUACAUUUAAAGGAUAAAUACUAUGGAAAUUUAAGUUUGAAGGAUGGUAUUAAGGUUCAAAUAUGUAAUGGAUAGAGACAUGGGGUUCUAACUGAGAUGAAAGAGCAAGGCAAAAAUAAAAAAGAACAGCUAUCGUCUGACAACCUUACUAAUAAAGGAGGUUGAAGAUUUAUGUUUGAAUCAAUUGAGAGUCUAUUCGAGGUAUUUUUUAUUGUUUAUUGUUUUUAAUUAGUUAACAUGAUGAGAAAUCUUCUUAGUUGAAAAAAAUUUCAAUUUAGUGACACCGACCUCAGAAUAAAGUGGACUUUCGAUCUGUUUUUAUGGUUUUUUAAAGUAAUAAAUUACAUCUCAAAUUCAAAAUAAUUGCAAUCUAAACCCACCAUUGCAGAUCGCCGUGAUUACCGAGACAAAACAGCUUUGCUACGGCGGAAAGCUCAAAAUCCGCAACGGCAUGAAAGCGUGGCAGGUAUACAGGCACAAAAGGUUCAGCGAUGGUUUCGGAAUUAAGUAGGAUCAAGGUGGAAAAAUUGAGUGGCUCCCCAAGUAUUGUUAACUUGGCAAACAUUGAGAGAAGGGGAAUGCCAUGCUAAGACAUGGGUGUGCACAUGGCGCGCGUAUAAAGGGGAAGAAAGGAAAGACAGACUGAAUUUGGGAAUUGGCUUAGGAGAGUGGGGUUGUUAUAGGGUCCUAUUUUCGUUGGUUUCUCGUUGAGAUCCAUAUUUAUCAGGGUGAAUAAUACUAUUGAUAUGACCAGUAAGAUCGGUUACGAAUUAUAGCUCGGUAACGCACCCACAAUAAUGGCCGAACAUUCGCAAUAAUCAGCAUUUAUCUCCAUAACGUCGGACAUGCGAUUAAUGCUCUCCUCAGACGUUACAACUUAGACAAAACGGUCAUCCCAAUCCGAACAAAUAUAAAAGCAAAGGACAGGAAUGAAAGAGGUAUGCAAUCUUUCUAAGAAAAACUCCUCAGAUUGGUACAUAUCUUGGUCUCUUGCCGACGAAGUCUGGGACAUAUCUUGGAAGCUUGCCGACCUUACCAGAAGGAGCGACCUAUACCUCGGCUCAGGUUGGUAAGAACAUUGGCGCCCACCGUGGGGCCGAAAAAUUUUAAAAACAUCAUUCGUGGCAGGCCCCAAAAUUUACAUACACUUUCAUGGCUGACGCUCCCCCGCCAACUCCAUCCGAACUUCUGAGGAUGGUGACUGAACUCCAACAAGCAAAUCAGCGAAUGGCAGAGGAAAACCAGAGAAUGCAAAACCAAAUCGCACAAUUAGAACAAGCUCGCCUAGAGCAUCAUAAUCACGAUCAUGAAAACAACGAACGAACUCAUGUCUCGGAGACGCCGCAGAGCGACAAUGAAGGAAAUCGGCGCCAUGAUGAAACCCAACCCGAUGACGAAGAAGAACAACCCGACAACUCGGCAGGACCAUUCACAGCAGAUAUAAUGAACUUCCAACUCCCCCGACAAUUCACUCUGUCGACGACUUUAACCCCAUACGACGGGUUGGGCGACCCAAAGCAGCACGUCAAGAAGUUCCGAUCUAUUAUGAUCGUUAACGUUGCAUAUGAUCCAAUUCUUUGUCGAUGUUUUCCAUCUUUUUUAGACGGUCCUGCACUUGACUGGUUCUGUUCUUUGCCUGCAGAUUCGAUAUCUCGUUUUCAAGAGCUGGCCGCCCAAUUUGAGGAUCAUUUUGCAGCAUCCGCAAUAUAUCUCCACGAUUCUGAUUACUUGACGACCAUAAAACAGGGAGCACAAGAAAGUCUGAAGGACUAUAUCACCCGCUUUACAAAGGUCGCCAUGAGAAUUCCCGACCUCCAUCCAGAAGUUCAUUUACACGCCAUAAAAAGCGGCCUUCGCCCUGGCAAAUUCCAGGAAACUAUUGCGGUAACCAAGCCAAAAACCUUGGCCGAAUUUCGUGAAAAAGCCAAUGGUCAGAUCGACGUUGAGGAACUCAGACAAGCAAGGAAAACGGAAAGAUCGGCAACGAAUAAGGACGACGAUAAACCUCGGGAUAGCAAAAAAGCAUUUAAGCCGGUUCCACGAUAUGACUCAUACACCAAAUUCAAUACAAAAAGGGACGAUAUUAUAAAAGGGAUAUUAAACUCCAAACUAAUCAAGCCUCCUCGCAAAGCUGGCAAUUAUCCCGAGUCAAAAAGCGUCGACAGAUCAAAGUAUUGUACCUCUCACCAGAAACACGGACACACCACCAACGAAUGUGUCAUCGCGAAAGAUCUCCUUGAACGGCUAGCAAGGCAAGGACAUCUCGAUAAAUUUAUUGCAGGGCAGAUGCAGAAAAAUACUAGCCCCACACCAGACACAUCAACAGCUGGCACCUCCUCAAAAGGAAAGGACAAAGCACCGGCACAACCUAGAGGGGUAAUAAACUGUAUCUCAGGAGGCUACGCUGGAGGAGGACACACAAGCUCAGCCAGAAAGCGUACUUAUAGGGCUAUGCUAGCAAUUACGGAUGCCCCAAGCCAUCCUCGGCCGUCGACGAACAUUUCAGAAGUAACCUUCAGACCAACCGACUUCAACAGUGCCGAUGCCAACCUAGACGACCCUGUUGUCAUUUCAAUUCAGCUGGGGACCUGAUAGUGAAGAAAGUUUUACUCGACCCAGGAAGCAGUGCAGAUGUUCUAUUUUUCACCACCUUUGAAAAAAUGAAGCUGAGUAACAACAUU